AUUUUAAUCAGACUUAAAUGAUCUGGGGUCAUUUUGUCGCCGCCGGAAGUACUAUUUAUUAUCUUAUUUUAAGUAUAAAUUAUUGUAAACUCAUAUUUUUAUUAUCGCAAGAUAGCAAUUUUAUGUGGAAAAGAAAUUGGAACCAUGAAAAAAAUGAAUACUCUUCGAAAUAGUGAACACGAUUCCGUGGACCUUCUUUUGAAAGAUAUUUUUGCAUGGGCAGAUUGUAACAUUAGCAAUGGCAAUAGCAAUUACAAGUUGCCUAGGCCUAGGCGCCCUAGGCCUAGACAUUCACAAUUAUUUGUUGAAACUUUUCUCAAGAAAAUGACGCACCAUCUUGGUCAACAUUCAAUACCUGCUUUGGAUUACAUGAAUGGAAAUGAAUUUAAUACAAAAAUAGAGAAAAAAUCAUUAAAUUCAAUUACUUCAGUAAAAUGUUUCUUUUUCGCAACAUUCAUAUGGACAAUAGUUUUAUUGCUGCUGUGCCUCUGCUUUGUGAUUGUUGUUUCACUAUCACUAAUUUGUGUGAUUCAGACUGGGUAUGAAGAAAAAGAAAGCUUUUUUUUAUCAGUUCAAGUUCUAAAUUACAUUUUAAGGCCCAUCACUUCAAAAGAAUUCAAUAUUUCUUCUCACUUGAUGAAUCUAAAUUCCUAUCUAAUGAGACUGUUUAGACUAAUAUCACUUAAUUUUAAAUUCAACAAAUGGAUGGAGCCAUACCCCUUGCGAGGUUUAGAUGACAGAGGUAAGUCUGCUUAAUUGUUUUUUGCUUUUUUUUAAAACUAGUUUAUUUUACUAUUAUAAACAUAUUAUUACAGGACCCGUACAGUUUUUAUACAAUACAUGUCAAUACAAAAAAACCUUAAUAAACUGUUACAAAAAUUUUACAAAAUUAAACAGAAGCAUGUCAUGAUCAUUUGGUCAAUGUAAAUAAUUUAUUAAUUAUAAUUAGUUAGAAGUUUUUUUUUAUCCUAUAUUAUAUAACUAUAAAGAUAUUUUUUAAAAAAAUAAAACAACUCAACCUCUGAUCACCCAAGUCUAAUGUUCCUUCCAUGCAUGCCUGGACAUCUAAUGUGCAGGUUUUGCACAAGAGAGGAAUAUUUAUCACUAAAAAAUGUUCAUCAAACCACAAUGGGGUGAUCUUAUAUAGGCCUAUCUUAUAACUACCUCUGGCAUUUAAUUAAACAAUAGCAAAACUAUUUUUGGUGCUUGCAUUGACUAAUAAGUCUUAUUCCAAAAAUAACUUAUUUCUUGCUCCCAAAUCCAUCCUCGCACUCAUCUCCCCCUCCGCCCAAAAUGUUAACACAAAACAAAAAUGGAUACAUAUCUCUCAACACCAACUGUAUGAAGAGUGGCAGGCAGGAUUAAACAAAUGCCAUUUUUGUGUCUAUCAUGCAGUUGUGCUAUUGUUUAAUUAAAUGCCAGAGGUAGUUACUGUUCUUUUUAAGUUUCACAAAACCCUAAAUAAACUUCUAUCUUUGUUUUUUAGAAUUUUUUUUGCUAUUCUGUAUUAUUGCUUUUGUUGUCCAUAACUGGAUCGCAACCUGGUAUUUGGUAAAUGCUGCUAUACACUAAACUAAUUUACAUAUAACCAAUCUGCUGUUGGCAAAACCCAUCAUUAUAGUAUGCACCAACUUGAAGUAUCAACAAAUGUAAAAAUUGUUGUGAUUCUUAUGACACAUUAAACUAUAUACAUAUACAAAUCUUUUGAAAUUUCAGUUCCCAGAAACAUUAUGUGUGCAGUAAGCAAUCCACUUUAUGUCAGCUUUCUUGAAUACAUGUGUACUAUGUGUGAUGGUAUAGAGUACAUAUUGACUCCAAAAUUUGGAACAAAGCCGCAGGCAUUAUCCCAAGACCUUUUCAUAACUGAUUGGCCUGUCAUUUUUAGGGUAAGAAAUCAUUAGUCCAGUUUAACACCAAAUACCUUUUAAUAUAAGUUUUAAUAGUGUUUGUGUUUAUUGAAAGCUUGGGCAGACCUAUAAUUUCUCCAAAUGUGGGAAUAUUUAUUUAUUAUAUGACUAUAUACCUAACAUUUUAGCUUUGUCCCAUUGUUGAAUUAUUUGGUUUGCAUUUAAAGCACUCAAAAGGAAGAGAGAAGUGGUGCCCAUCACCACCACUGAGUUUCCUUGGAUCUGCCUGUCAAUAAAAAUGUAUUAUGAUAAUUGUUGAGUUGUGCAGAUUUUUUCCUUGACAUUCUUGUCCCUAUUAGUAUUGGAAUUAUAAUAACUUAUAUAUAAUGAGUUAAAAUGUCUAACUCAUUUUACAGCUUUUUCCCUAUGCUUACAGUCUCAUUUUCUAUGCUUACUGACUCAUUUCUAAUCUUACAGUCUAAUUUCCUUGGAUUACUGUCUCAUUUCCUUGACUUACUGUCUCAGUUCCUUAGCUUACUGUCUUAUUUCCUAUUCUAACAGACUGUCUUAUUUCUUAUGCUUACAGUCUCAUCUCUUUGGCUUACUGUCUUAUUUCCUUGGCUUACUGUCUCAUUUCCUAUUCUAACAGACUGUCUCAUUUCUUAUACUUACUGUCUCAUUUCCUAUGAAUACGGUCUCAUUUCCUAUUCUAACAGACUGUCUCAUUUCCUGUUGCUUACUGUCUAAUUUCCUAUGCUUAUUGUCUCAUUUCAUUGGCUUACAAUCUCAUUUCCUAUGCUUGAACGUUUGUUUAAAUUAUAUAUAGAUCUGUUCAUUGUAUCUAUUGAUGCUAUUUUACAGGGUUGGGCAAACAAAGUGAGUCUACAGGAGCUUAGAGUUUCUAUAGCUGAAAAUAGCAAGAUCCUACAACUAGAAGGGUUUGCCACUAACUUCAUUUCCAGUCUGGAAUACUUGACAAAGAUUGAACAUUUGGGAAAUGAAAAAGUUAUCUUUAGACUGCAAGCAGAUGAAUUUACUCAUGUCAUUUGGUAAGAUAAUUGGUUGGUCCAUUUUGAUGAUAAUGACUGCAUUAAGCAAAGAUUAAAUUAAAAUACCUGUAUACAUUCAUUUUGUCUCUAUGAUUUGCAUUAAAAAAAUUAUUACCUGUCACCACCUGUACUGAAAUUACUUAGUAUAAAUUUUGUGAAAUUUAUAAUCUUUUUUGUUUCAAAGUUCCAAGCUUGAAUUCUAGGAUUUAAACUGUUCUCUUGAUGCUUGGGUCUAUUGUUGGUAUUCUCUUGAUGCUUGGGUCUAUUAUUGGUAUUUUCUUAAUGCUUGGAGUCUAUUCUUGGUAUUCUCUUGAUGCUUGGUUCUAUUGUUGUUAUUUUCUUGAUGCUUGGGUCUAUUGUUGGUAUUUUCUUGAUGCUUGGGUCUAUUGUUGGUAUUCUCUUGAUGCUUGGUUCUAUUGUUGGUAUUUUCUUAAUGCUUUGGUCUAUUGUUGGAAUUCUCUUUAUGUGUGGGCCUAUUGUUGGUUUUCCCUAAAUGCUUGGAUCUAUUGUUGGUAUUUUCUUGAUGCUUGGGUCUAUUGUUGGUAUUCUCUUGAUGCUUGGGUCUAUUAUUGGUAUUUUCUUGAUGUUUGGGUCUAUUCUUGGUAUUUUCUUGAUGCUUGGGUCUAUUCGUUGGGGUUACAAGAAAUUUGAUUGAAAGAAAUUUCUUUGACGGUAAAUUGAUGGACGGAAAUUUGAACAAACAGAAAUUUGUUCGAAUCUUAUUUUCACACGUUAAAAUUUUUGUCAAAUUUCUUUUUUGAACGCACUAUAUUAUAUAGUAAAACAAAAUAAUGCGUUCACAACGAAAUUUCAAGCAAUAUUUUAAAAGAAAAAAAUAUUUGACCAAAUUUCCGUUUAAUCAAAUUACCGUCGAUCACUUUACCGUCGUCGAAAUUUCUUUCAAUCAAAUUUCCAGAUAUGCUAGUGUUGGUAUUCUCUUGAUACUUGAGUCUAUUCUUGGUAUUCUCUUAAUGCUUGGGUCUAUUCUUAGUAUUCUCUUGAUGCUUGGGUCUAUUUUUGGUAUUUUCUUAAUGUUUGGGUCUAUUCUUGGUAUUCUCUUGAUGCUUGGGUCUAUUUUUGGUAUUUUCUUAAUGUUUGGGUCUAUUCUUAGUAUUCUCUUGAUGCUUGGGUCUACUUUUGGUAUUUUCUUAAUGUUUGGGUCUAUUUUUGGUAUUUUCUUAAUGUUUGGGUCUAUUCUUGGUAUUCUCUUGAUGCUUGGGUCUAUUUUUGGUAUUUUCUUAAUGUUUGGGUCUAUUCUUGGUAUUCUCUUGAUGCUUGGGUCUAUUCUUGGUAUUCUCUUGAUGCUUUGGUCUAUUGUUGGUAUUCUCUUUAUGUGAUGGCCUAUUUGUUGGUAUUCUCUUAAUGCUUGGGUCUAUUGUUGGUAUUCUCUUGAUGCUUGGGUAUAACCUUGGUAUUCUCUUGAUGCUCGGGUCUAUUGUUGGUAUUCUCUUGAUGCUUGGGUCUAUUAUUAAUAUUCUUUUGCAUUGUAUGAGGGACUUAAUCCAAAGUCUGAACGUAUUUGUGCAUUGUAUGAGGGACUUAAUCCAAAGUCUGAACGUAUUUGUGCAUUGUAUGAGGGACUUAAUCCAAAGUCUGAACGUAUGGUCCAAGAAAUGUCUUGUUAUCCAAAAUUCAAAAAUCCCCCCCCCCAAUUAAUUCUUAUUGCAGUUACAUGUGUUUUCACCAUAAUUACGUAAUAAUGUCAUUAUAAUUACAUGUGGCAAUGCUUACUUCAGUUACAAGUCUAUUGAAUUUGAUUUUUUAAUGAAAUGUGGCCAUUAGAGGCUUCAUGUCCACAUUGGGGGGCUAAAUGGUUACAUUGUGGGGGCUACAUGGCAACGUUGUGGGGGCUACAUGGUGACAUUUUGGGGGCUACAUGGCCACAUGGGGGGGCUACAUGGGGGGGGGCUACAUGGCAACAUUGGGAGGGCUACAUGGCAACAUUGUGGGGGCUACAUGGCCACAUGGGGGAGCUACAUGGCCACAUGGAGGGCUACAUGGCAAUAUGGUGGGGCUACAUGGCAACAUUGUGGGGGCUACAUGACCACAUUGUGNGUGGGGGGGGGGGGGGUGGCUGCAUGGUCAGAUUGUCAGGGCUUUAUGGCCACAUUGGGGGGACUUCAUAGCCACAUUUCUGGGCUUCAUGAUCAAAUUUUGAGGGCUGCAUGAUCACACUGGGGGCUUCAUGGCCACAUUGGGAGGCUUUGUGACCAUAUUGGGAGACUACAUGGUCACAUUCUCAGGGCUUCAUGACAACAUUUGUGGGAUUACACUUCAUGAUCACAUUGUGAGGACUUGAUGGCCACAUUAAAAGGGGGGGGGGGUGUUAAUGUCCACAUUUUGGGAGCUUAAUAGCCACAUUGCUAAAAACAAAAGUAAUUAUGUAGAUUUGUAUAAAACUUUUUUUACUAAAUUUGUUUACAGGACAUCUGAGCACUAUAGAACUUCUUAUAUCUUAAGGAAAUUGUUUCCACGUCCUCAACUAAUUCCACAAGAUACUCCUGUAUCUCUAAGAAGCAUUUUACUUGUGAAUGGUCAAAGUGCUCCAUCAUUUAGAAUGGUAAGACAUUUGUGGUGAAAUUUAUUCAAUGUUGGAAAGUGCUGGCACAUUUUUAUUGAAGUAUUUUACUAUUUAAUUCAAUCAAACUAUUAAUACAUUAAGUUUCCUCAUUCUCACACACAAAAUACUGAGAGGAAUCACAUUGACAACUUGAUGUAAGGAAGUAUACCUAAGAGGAAUCAGAUUGACAACUUGAUGUUAGGAAGUAUACCUAAGAGGAAUCAGAUUGACAAUUUUUUAGAAGUAUACAUGGGAUGAAUGAUUGACAACAUGAUGAAAGAAAGUAUACAGUAGAGGAAUCACAUUGGCAACUUGCUAGAAAGUGUACAUGUCAUGUGAUGAAAACUAACUAGAAAGUGUACAUGCCAUGUGAUGAAAACUAACUAGAAAGUGUACAUGUCAUGUGAUGAAAACUAACUAGAAAGUGUACAUGCCAUGUGAUGAAAACUAACUAGAAAGUGUAUAUGCCAUGUGAUGAAAACUAACUAGAAAGUGAACAUGUCAUGUGAUGAAAACUAACUAGAAAGUGUACAUGUCAUGUGAUGAAAACUAACUAGAAAGUGUACAUGCCAUGUGAUGAAAACUAACUAGAAAGUGUAUAUGCCAUGUGAUGAAAACUAACUAGAAAGUGUACAUGUCAUGUGAUGAAAACUAACUAGAAAGUGUACAUGUCAUGUGAUGAAAACUAACUAGAAAGUGUACAUGCCAUGUGAUGAAAACUAACUAGAAAGUGUACAUGCCAUGUGAUGAAAACUAACUAGAAAGUGUACAUGCCAUGUGAUGAAAACUAACUAGAAAGUGUACAUGCCAUGUGAUGAAAACUAACUAGAAAGUGUACAUGCCAUGUGAUGAAAACUAACUAGAAAGUGUACAUGCCAUGUGAUGAAAACUUGCAAGAAAGUGUACAUGCCAUGUGAUGAAAACUUGCAAGAAAGUGUACAUGCCAUGUGAUGAAAACUUGCUAGAAAGUGUACAUGCCAUGUGAUGAAAACUUGCUAGAAAGUGUACAUGCCAUGUGAUGAAAACUUGCUAGAAAGUGUACAUGCCAUGUGAUGAAAACUUGCUAGAGAGUGUACAUGCCAUGUGAUAGAAUGUUCACAUAUUUUUAACUUGUGUACUUCUUGUACAGAAUUUGGUUUGUGGUUUUCCAUCUUUUUAUUGAAAGCAUGCAAAAUAGUGCCAUAAAUAGUGUCUUCCAUAAGAACCACUGUGUUAUUCUUUUUGUUAAUCAGUGUUGUUGAAAAAGAAGCUUAAAACCAUUAGUCAGUGCAAGCGGACCUUUGAAUAUUGCUGUAUCUUAAAAUCCAUUGGUCCGUGCAAAUUAAUCUUUGACUAGUGCAGUAUCUUAAAAUGACAAUUUGUCACAGCCAAAAGCGAUGAAUUAAAAAGUGCUAGAAAGCAUCACUAGAACAAUUUCACAGACUUAAUGUCUUAUAUCUACUUUUGAACCUUUCAUUCACACUCUUAAAAACUUAGAUCUACAUAUAAACCUAUCAAUGUCUUAAGAAUUGAUCCCCAGAAGUGGCUUUGAGAAUGUUUUAGUCCUUAAAUAGAACACAGCCCUAAAAUCAACUCCAUCUUAAACAAUUUCUUAUCUCUGCAGCCUGUUGGUAGGAAAGGGUUAAUGCUGUAUACACAGAGUAGUGGAUCAAGAUAUCUUGUGCUGAAGCCAAAGGAACAUUGUAUUACUGCAUGUCAAACACUCACUGCUAGACUUACAGCCGGUGAUAUCAGUAAGUUAGAAAGAGAAACAAUUUUUCAUUGUAAAAAAAUUUAAUUGACCUGGCUUUACACAUCAUUUAAAAUAAUAAAAUCUUUAUUUAUUCCGUUCAUCAAUAGUACCAAUUCAGCUUACAAUUUUUUUUAAAAAGUGGUCCAUUUCAACUUAGAAUUUAAUUCUAAAUUGCCUUCGGAAUUUGCUAAACAUUUAAAUUUAGGGUGGAGUGCUUUUUUUCUGGUUGAUCAUUAUCCCAAAUGUCAUUUAUAUAUGGUGAACGAUCUUUCUCUUUCUGCGCCCCCAAACAAUGGAAUUCUUUGCCACUACACAUCCGCAAUAUAACAACCACACAGGCCUUUAAAACUGCACUCAAAACACAUCUAUUUAAACUAUACUACUCUGACUGAUUCUCCUCCUAUAAACCGAUAAACGUACCUGGGUUUCCUUGUAAAAAUGUCUGGUGUGGGUGGAUGAAUAUACCUAUGGUGUUGUUUUGCUUAUAUGUUGUUUUUAUUUCAUUUAUGUAUUUUAUUUUAAUAUUAUGAUUAUGCCUCUUUGCUAUAUUUAUGUACAGCGCGGUGAGCCCAGCCCUAGGCCGGGGUACCGCGCUAUAUAAGACCACUUAUUAUUAUUAUUCAUUUAUGUAUUUUAUUUUAAUAUUAUGAUUAUGCCUCUUUGCUAUAUUUAUGUACAGCGCGGUGAGCCCAGCCCUAGGCCGGGGUACCGCGCUAUAUAAGACCACUUAUUAUUAUUAUUAUUAUUAUUUCAUUUAGGGUAGAGUGUCUAUUUUCUGAUUGAUCAUUAUCCCAAAUGUCAUUUCAUUUAAGGUAGAGUGUCUAUUUUCUGAUUGAUCUAUCAUUGCAAAUGUCAGUGGAUUUAGGGUAGGUUUCAAUUGUCCUGAGCUUAAUAACUUCCACAAGUUGGGAUCUUCUUUCUUUUCACAUGAAAACUCCAGCAGUAGGAAGGUUUACUGAGGGCAGUGGACUCCUUAUUGUCGAGGUGUUACAAUCACAAUAUAAAUCACAAACACCAGUGUUACAAUCACAACAUCAAUCACAAAUGCCAGUGUUACAAUCUCGAUAUUACCACAGUUCAAAAGCUUCGCUCUCUAGGGGGUAAUUCAAUUACUUAACAAACCAUUGAUUCAUGUCAAAUGUCUCUUAUAUUAAGCAAACAACUCUGAAAUUCUAACAGUCCAAUAUAUCACUACUCCAUCACUGCUAUCCAAAACCAUAAAAUAUCACAAUGUCAUUUUCCAUACUCAAAUAUGUCACAAAAACCCAAACACAUAGAAACAGUUUAACAAAUACUCUCAAUACCCAACAUCCAUGCACAAAAGAACGAACUAAUCAUUAACAUUGACCAUUUUCAAGAACAUUGACCAAGUUCAUUUACAUUGAUUAAAUCUAUUAACAUUGACUAAGUUCAUUCAAUUAUUAGGUCAAAUUGAUUUUUAGAUAUAUUGAUAACACUAUGUUUUCCAGGAGCACUAAGCUUUCAAAAUGUCUUCAACAAAAAUUAUAGCAACAAAGUUUCUACAUUAAUCUCAACAGCAAAACAUGUUCACUAAAACAAACCAACCAUACCAAUACAACAUGUUCACUAAACAAACAAACCAUUCCAAUCAAACAUGUUCACCAAACAAACCAACCAUUCCAAUCAAACAUGUUCACUAAACAAACCAACCAUUCCAAUCAAACAUGUUCACCAAACAAACCAACCAUUCCAAUCAAACAUGUUCACUAAACAAACCAACCAUUCCAAUCAAACAUGUUCACUAAACAAACCAACCAUUCCAAUCAAACAUGUUCACCAAACAAACCAACCAUUCCAAUAAAAAAUGUUCACCAAACAAACCAACCAUUCCAAUCAAACAUGUUCACUAAACAAACCAACCAUUCCAAUAAAACAUGUACACUAAACAAACCAAUCAUUCCAAUAAAACAUGUUCACUAAACAAACCAACCAUUCCAAUAAAACAUGUUCACUAAACAAACCAACCAUUCCAAUCAAACAUGUUCACUAAACAAACCAACCAUUCCAAUAAAACAUGUUCACCAAACAAACCAACCAUUCCAAUAAAACAUGUUCACUAAAACAAACCAAUCAUUCCAAUAAAACAUGUUCACUAAACAAACCAACCAUUCCAAUAAAACAUGUUCACUAAACAAACCAACCAUUCCAAUAAAACAUGUUCACCAAACAAACCAAUCAUUCCAAUAAAACAUGUUCACUAAACAAACCAACCAUCCCAAUCAAACAUGUUCACUAAAAAAACAACCAUUCCAAUAAAACAUGUUCACUAAACAAACCAACCAUUCCAAUAAAACAUGUUAUCUAAACAAACCAAUCAUUCCAAUCAAACAUGUUCACUAAACAAACCAACCAUUCCAAUAAAACAUGUUCACUAAACAAACCAACCAUUCCAAUAAAACAUGUUCACUAAACAAACCAACCAUUCCAAUCAAACAUGUUCACCAAACAAACAAACCAUUCCAAUAAAACAUGUUCACUAAACAAACCAACCAUUACAAUAAAACAUGUUCACUAAACAAGCCAACCAUUCCAAUAAAACAUGUUCACUAAACAAACCAACUAUUCCAAAAAAUUAAAAAAAGAGCACUUUAUGAAACUUUUGGUUAUCUAAGUCUUGCCUAGAGGAACCAAGUGGCUCUUUCAUCUUGUAAUAAGUGAGGCAGUGUGUGGUCUUGCCUAGAGGAUUUGGUGAUAAGUGAGACAGUGUGUUGUCUUGCCUGGAGGAAUCAGGUGGCUCUUCAUCUUGUGAUAAGUGAGGCAGUGUGUGGUCUUGCCAAGAGGACCUGGUGAUAAGUAAGGCAGUGUGUGGUCUUGCCAAGAGGACCUGGUGAUAAGUGAGGCAGUGUGUGGUCUUGCCAAGAGGACCUGGUGAUAAGUAAGGCAGUGUGUGGUCCUGCCAAGAGGACCUGGUGAUAAGUGAGGCAGUGUGUGAUCUUGCCAAGAGGACCUGGUGAUAAGUAAGGCAGUGUGUGGUCUUGCCAAGAGGACCUGGUGAUAAGUAAGGCAGUGUGUGGUCUUGCCAAGAGGACCUGGUGAUAAGUGAGGCAGUGUGUGGUCUUGCCAAGAGGACCUGGUGAUAAGUGAGGCAGUGUGUGGUCUUGCCAAGAGGACCUGGUGAUAAGUGAGGCAGUGUGUGGUCUUGCCAAGAGGACCUGGUGAUAAGUGAGGCAGUGUGUGGUCUUGCCAAGAGGACCUGGUGAUAAGUAAGGCAGUGUGUGGUCUUGCCAAGAGGACCUGGUGAUAAGUAAGGCAGUGUGUGGUCCUGCCAAGAGGACCUGGUGAUAAGUGAGGCAGUGUGUGGUCCUGCCAAGAGGACCUGGUGAUAAGUAAGGCAGUGUGUGGUCUUUCGCUUUUAUAAUUAGGUUAGGUUUAUGGUUAAGGAGUGAGAUUAUCAACAUCUGAUUUUGGAAUCACUCAGCCUGAACCCAAUUCCAGCCUGGAACUUUGAAUCACUCAUAGGGGCAAACUUGCGAGACUCAGGACAUUCAUAUUAUAUGGUACCAAUUGACAUUCAUGUGAUGUCAGUGGACAUUCAUGUGAUAUCAGUGGACAUUUAUGUCAUUUGUUGCCACUGAACAUGCAUGUCAUUUUGGUCCACCCUGCUUUGCACUAACCCUAGCAAGGCCACUGGCCAUGUCAUUUUGGUCCACCCUGCUUUGCACUAACCCUUGCAAGGCCACUGGCCAUGUCAUUUUGGUCAACCCUGCUUUGCACCAACCCUAGCAAGGCCACUGGCCAUGUCAUUUUGGUCCACCCUUCUUGCACUAACCCUUGCAAGGCCACUGGCCAUGUCAUUUUGGUCAACCCUGCUUUGCACUAACCCUAGCAAGGCCACUGGCCAUGUCAUUUUGGUCAACCCUGCUUUGCACUAACCCUUGCAAGGCCACUGGCCAUGUCAUUGAAACAUUAGUUCUUUAUUGUUACUAUUCUUGAAGUGAUACAAGACAGGACAAUGUUUAGGUAAAUGUCAUGAAGAUGUUGUCUGAAUCUGAUGGUUAUCCUCCAGUUCAAAUGAUUGGGUAUGGAUAGUACAACUAGUGCGGAAGAAACUAUCAUGUGCCCUGGGGGAGUUUUAAUGGCAUAAUGUCAAGUCUUACAAAUGACAAUGCCCUAAAAUGUUAAGUUUUUGAGGGUUUCAAGACCUUGACUUUUACAGCUGGUAAAACAUCUACUAAAAUAAUCAUGCACAUUUUCAACAAGGUCAGUUGACUAGGAAAAAUAUAAAGAUUCUUCUUUCUGACCACUCCCUUCCAUUUGAAAUGUAAGAAGGAAAUGUAAGAAUGAAAUGUAAGGUCUCUAUUUGUCUUAGCCCAGGGUUUGGCAACCUUGUUUUAAUGAAGAGCCUUAUUUAUAAUAUUUUAUAUUUUACGAAAUAAUUAUGAAAGCCACAAGCAUUAUAACAGAAUGUAUUUCUUGAAAGAGCCAGAAGCAGCUCCAUCGCUGACCAUUUUUGGCUGGGAUGUGCAUCUCCACUGUCCUAACCAUUAUUGGCUGGGAUGUACAGCUCCAUUGCUGACCACCUGUCCUAACCAUUAUUGGCUGGGAUGUGCAGCUCCAUCGCUGACCACUGCCCUAACCAUUAUUGGCCGGGAUGUGCAGCUCCAUUGCUGACCACUGCCCUAACCAUUAUUGGCUGGGAUGUACAGCUCCAUCGGUGACCACUGUUCUAACCAUUACUGGCUGGGAUGUGCAGCUCCAUUGCUGACCACUGCCCUAACCAUUAUUGGCUGGGAUGUGCAGCUCCAUUGCUGACCACCUGUCCUAACCAUUAUUGGCUGGGAUGUGCAGCUCCAUCGCUGACCACUGUCCUAACCAUUAUUGGCUGGGAUGUGCAGCUCCAUCGCUGACCACUGUCCUAACCAUUAUUGGCUGGGAUGUGCAGCUCCAUCGCUGACCACUGCCCUAACCAUUAUUGGCUGGGAUGUGCAGCUCCAUCGCUGAUCACUGUCCUAACCAUUAUUGGCUGGGAUGUGCAGCUCCAUCGCUGACCACUGCCCUAACCAUUAUUGGCUGGGAUGUGCAGCUCCAUCGCUGACCACUGUCCUAACCAUUAUUGGCUGGGAUGUACAGCUCCAUCGCUGACCACUGCCCUAACCAUUAUUGGCUGGGAUGUGUGAAUUAAUGCUUAAAAUGUCUUAACCAAGCUAAUGUGCCCCGUGGCCAUCAGAGCAGCCACUGUAAAUGACUAUUUGUUUAUUCCAUGACAUGUCUGGCCAUCAGAGCAGCCACCGUAAAUGACUAUUUGUUUAUUCCAUGACAUGAUUGUUCAAAAUAUUAAUGAUAUGUGAUGUGCAGCUAAAUUUGUCCUAUGUUUAUUUAACUUAUCUAAGCAAACCUUACCAACUGAUAAAUACAUCUAUUAAAGGAGACAUAGAAUAUUUGACCCCGGAAAAGCCUCCUACACUAAAGAUGGUAUAACUGCUUUCCUCCCUUUGGCAUUUGGGGGAAGAAUAGUUUAGUUUAGUUUUAGUUUAAAAUAUUUUUAAAUAUACUUAAAUCUUUUUUCACCAUAUCUUAUUGUAUUUUUCAGUGUUGGUCAAUCAGACUGUGUGGGAAGUGUUUUCCUUUUCAAGUGGAACUUUGACAAGCAUUUCAUUGGUCAGAUAUUUGGAUGAACUUUGACAAGCAUUGCAUUGGUCAGAUAUUUGGAUGAACUUUGACAAGCAUUGCGUUGGUCAGAUAUUUGGAUGAACUUUGACAAGCAUUUCAUUGGUCAGAUAUUUGGAUGAACUUUGACAAGCAUUUCAUUGGUCAGAUAUUUGGAUGAACUUUGACAAGCAUUGCGUUGGUCAGAUAUUUGGAUGAACUUUGACAAGCAUUGCAUUGGUCAGAUAUUUGGAUAAACAUUGACAAGCAUUGGUCAGAUAUUUUGAUUAGAGUUUGACAAAAAUGUUUAAAUAUACAUAAGAAUAUGUGGAUCAAAUAUUUAAAGUUUAAACUUAAGAUGCUAAAGGACUGCUGAUUAGCAAUAACAGCUUAAGAAAUUCAAGGUCAUUUGAACAUAUAUGGUGAUUAAGUCCCAUUAAACCUCAUUGUUAGACAAUCAGAGCAGUGAGCCUACAACUAAAUAGUUGGUGUUGACAUGGUAAAAGUUUUUCACAAAGCAGCAUUUGUUUGGCUUAGUAAGUUCAUUUGAAAAUACAGUAAUGUGUCAAAUGUUAGCCUGAAUUCAUUUGGUAUUUCUUUGCCAUAUGGAGUAUUCAGUCAUGGACAACAUCAUGUUGCAAUUUCAAGUACUGAGUCCUUUCACCAGGUCAAGGUAAAAGUCUAAGCAACUAAAACAAGUAUUCGCCAAAUAAUUAAACUUCGUAGCCUUUAUCAUUAUGAGCCAAUAAAAUGUUGACACCUGGGCUUAGAACAGGUGCUGCAUCUAAUACAUAUGUAUCAUAUUAUUGUUUAUAUAUUACUGACCAUCUGUGAAGGGAGUUAUUACGUGGGACAAGGCAUAUAUUCUCAUCACAUAUGUUUAUCACAUAUCAUCACAGAAAUAAAGGACCUCCAUUCGUAAUGGAUUGAAAUUAAAAAUAGUGCACCUUAGAAAAUAAAUGAUGUCAAUUUACUGAAAAGUUGCAGGAUCUUGUUGACAUUGAACUCGCUGAUGGAGCCAUGAUAGGGGCAUGAUAGUGCUGUGAUAGCGCCGUGAUAGCGCCAUGAUAGGGCCAUGGCUGUGAUAGCGCCGUGAUAGGGCAAUGAUAGUGCCGUGAUAGCGCCAUGAUAGUGCUGUGAUAGCGCCAUGAUAGGGCCAUGCUAGUGCUGUGAUAGUGCCAUGAGAAAACAAAGGGAAACAGUAGCUAAAGAGAUACCGGUACAGCUAUCAAAUAUCAUUUGGUCCAAACUGUCCAUUAACUACAUUGGGAUGAGAAAAUGUUGCCUGCCUUAACUUCAAAGGAACUUGUUGAUCGCUUUGCUGUUCUGUUGUCCGGAAAAAUGAAGUUGUUGGGUGCCAAGUGGAAAUGGACAACCCAAGGUGACUUCAGUGUUUGAUUUUAUACAGGAAUGGAACCUUGCUGAUUGCAUUAAAAGGAUAUGCUUUAGCACUACAUAUAGCAACACUGGGGUUCCUGCUAGCACUACAGAUAGCUACACUAGAGUUCAUGCUAAUGCUACAGCUAGCUAUGCUGGAGUUCAUGUUAGCAUGACUGCCCACUGCCAGGUGAGGAAUAUGGAUCUGGACAUUGACCAUCUCAUUAGCUAUAAGCAGACCAAUGCUUACCAUUGAUUAUGGAAUUGGAAAUCUCAUUAGCAUGAGCAGAGCUAUGCUUACCAUUGAUUAUGGAAUUGGAAAUCUCAUUAGCAUGAGCGGAGCUAUGCUUACCAUUGAAUAUGGAACUGGAAAUUGACUAUCUCAUUAGCAAUGAGCAAGCCAAUGCUUACCAUUGAUUAUGGAAUUGGACAUUGACCAUCUCAUUAGCAAUAAGCGGACCUAUGCUUACCAUUGAAUGUAGAACUGGACACUGACCAUCUCAUUAGCAAUAUUGAAUAAGCUGACCCAUGGUUACCAUUAAAACACUAACAAGUUUUUGUUGAUUAUAAUUGUUCUUCAUUUAAAAUAUUGUUUUUUUGUUUUUUUUACAACAAAUAUGUGUGCAAAGGAAUUUGUAGAUAUCUUUUAAAACCAUAUACAGGUCCC